UGUUCUCGAUGUAACCGCCCAAAAUCAGCUGUUAGGUGCGAGAAUGUAAACAUCUUCCAGCCCAGGACUUGCUGGCGCUGUCACCUCAAUUACCUCGAGACACACCAUGGCUGGCAGAGCACUGAAACGACUUAUGACGGAGUACAAACAGUUGACAUUAAAUCCUCCCGAGGGUAUCAUUGCUGGACCAACUAAUGAAGAGAACUUUUUUGAAUGGGAGGCGCUUAUCAUGGGUCCUGAAGGAACUUGUUUUGAGUGUGGAGUCUUUCCAGCCAAGUUGAUAUUCCCUCCAGACUACCCUCUGUCACCACCCAAGAUGCAGUUCACUUGUGAAAUGUUUCAUCCCAACAUUUACUCAGAUGGCCGAGUAUGCAUCUCCAUCCUCCACGCACCAGGUGAUGACCCCAUGGGAUAUGAAACCAGUGCUGAAAGGUGGAGUCCAGUCCAGAGUGUAGAGAAAAUAUUACUCUCGGUGGUAUCUAUGCUGGCAGAACCAAAUGAUGAAAGCAGCGCAAAUGUUGAUGCAGCAAAGAUGUGGAGAGAUGAUAGAGAACAGUUCAACAAAAUUGCAGAGAGGUUGGUGCGUAAGACGCUAAAUUUGUCAUAUUAGUAAAUAAAAAUUCACUCAA